GCUCGGGUAAGAACAGGAAGAAACGCGCAGUGGCGUUCAACCGUGUAAAUAGUGAACAGAGGAUGCUAGGUGUGGAACUCGACAGAAGGGUGGCUGCUGCUGGUUGACUGGCGCCAGGAUGACACCUCCUGCCGUACCGGGAGUUUUACGUUUUCUGCUGCUGCCCAAGAGCCUGUAGCCAUGGAUGAACAAGGCUCCAACAACACCUCCUUCCUCAACUAUGAGGAUCUGGAGACCUACCUGAACCGGCACAACUCCAAGUUCAUCUGGCUGCUCGUUGCCACCAUUCUGUCCUGUGGAUGGAUCAUCUACUUAACCUAUUACAACUCUCGCAACAUCGGACUGUUCCUCACCCUCAUCAUCAACCGGCUUUACAAAGGAGGCUACAUUCACAUCGGUUCGUUCUCCUUCUCUGUGCUGUCGGGGAAAGUCAUGUUCAGAGACGUUUACUACAUCAACCAGGACAUGUCCAUCAGGAUCCAAGAUGGCUUCCUCAUAUUUCGCUGGUGGAAAAUGUAUAACCCAAAACAAAAGCAGCAUGAUCCCAAAGCGGAGACGAGGCUGUUUGUGAUGGUGAACGGCUUCGAGUUCCACGUCUACAACCGGACCGACCUUUACGCCCGGCUGCAGGAGACGUUCGGUCUGGAGCCCACGCUGCUCAGCGCCCGGCGGGACGAGGAGAGGGGUCCGGACCCCCAGAACCACACCCUGGACAGCGUGAACGUCCAGACGGAGAGUCCCGAGCCGUCGUCAUCAUGGCGAUCCCUCAUCCCAGUGAUCAAGCUGAACAUCAGCACUGGCCGCCUGGCGUUCGGGAACCACCACCUGCCUCAGACGCUGUGCGUGAACUUCGAGGACGCCUUCCUGACCUACGCCACCAAGCCGCCGUCCAGCCACCUGGACCAGUUCAUGCACAUCGUCAAAGGGUCGCUGGAGAACGUGCGCGUCAUGCUGGUUCCCAGUCCGCGCUACCUGGGCCUGCAGAACGACGAGCCUCCCAGACUGAUGGGCGAGGGCUUUGUGGUGAUGCAGUCCAAUGAUGUGGACAUCUACUACUACCAGGAUGAACCCGGCCUGGUCCCUGUGGAGCAGGACGGGUCUGAGGAGGCUGAGACGAGCAGCGAGGACAAUAAGCUGCAGGACCUCCCUCCAUGUUGGGGUCUGGACAUUGUCUGUGGAAAGGGGACAGACUUUAACUACGGGCCGUGGGCCGACCGCCAGAGGGACUGUCUCUGGAAGUUCUUCCUGCCGGCCGACUUCCAGGCCAUGAAGGUGAGCGAAGUGGCCCAGCCAGGAAAAGCCCGGCAGAUCCAAGCCUUCGAGCUUCGCAUGAACAUCAUCGCUGACGCCACCAUCGAUCUGCUCUUCACCAAAAACAGGGAAACCAAUGCCAUCCAUGUGAACGUCGGCGCCGGUUCCUACCUGGAAGUCAACAUCCCCAUGACUGUGGGAGAGAAUGGCUACUCCCCCAACAUCAAAGGCCAGCUGCUGCACGUGGACACCACCAGCAGCAUGCAGUACCGGACGCUGCUGGAGGCUGAGAUGCUGGCGUUCCACGUGAUCGCCAGUUACCCCUGUGUGUGGAACAUGCCCCAGUCGUGGCAGUGCGAGAUCGAAGUGUACAAGGCCACAUACCACUUCAUCUACGCCCAGAAGAACUUCUUCACAGAUCUGAUCAAGGAUUGGGCGAGCGACAGCGCGCCGGAUAUCUACUCCUUUGUGCCGUAUUCCUGGAAGUUUAAGAUCUUAUUCCACCAGUUUGAGAUGAUUUGGGCAGCGAACCAGCACAACUGGAUCGACUGCUCCACCAAGCAGCAGGAGAACGUGUACCUGGCGGCCUGCGGCGAGACGCUCAACAUCGACUUCACGCUUCCUUUCAACGAGUUCGUCCCCGCCACCUGCCACACCCGCUUCAGCCUGAGGGCUGAAGACACCGACAUGCGGCUGUCGCUGCCGGAGUGCCACCCCAGCCGCUACCCGCUGCUCACCCUGGCCAAGGACUACCAGAGCGUCAAGCGGCCCGGCGACGGGGCGGCGUCCGGAGACGGCCAGGCAGUCCCGUCCUCCAAAACCAGCAAGCCGCGCUGGAGGAACAUCACCAAGGCAGAGGCCGGCUGGGUGGACUGCUGGAGCGUCCCAAACUUCCUGCUCAUCAUUGACUACACCUGGCAUCCCAUCUACCCCCAGAAGGCGGACGAGCAGCUCAAGCAGUCGUUCUCAGAGAUAGAAGAGUCCAUGCUGUCGGCAAUCCGCCCCCCUGACCAGGGCGCGGCGCCACGUUUCCCCUGUGGCGCCGCCCCGGCCGCGCGGCUCCCCGCCGACCCGUCGGACCUGCCGCCCGACCGGCUGCAGGUGGAAAUGGAAAUGUUUCCAGACUCCCAGAUCCUCCUGUACGGGCCUUUGCUGCGUGCCCUCAUCGCCAUCAAGGAGAACUACUUCGGGGAGGACGACAUGUACACAGACUUUGAGGAGGCCGUGUCCAGCCCGGUGCCGUCCUCGGCCACCUCGUCGGGCCUCGGCUACUCUUCGUCUCCUGGCGUGGAGGAAGGCGAUCACGGCCAUCCCCUGGACCUGCGGCCCUGGGACAUCACCGUACUGAUCAACCUCUACAAGGUCCACGGCCGGCUGCCAGUGCACUGCAGCAGUGAAGGUCCAGAAGGCCCGUCCGGCUUCCUGGAGCGCCUCUGCUUCGAGAUGAAGAAAGGCUACAAGGAGACCAUGCUGCAGAUGAUCCUGUCGCCCAUUCACAUCUUCGUCAGCGACAACUACCAGCGUCCCACGGCGGACGGCGUGCUGAGAGACGGACACCUGAGUCUGUCCGGGCUGCAGAUGAGGGCGCACGCCAUGUUUUCGGCUCAGGGCCUCCCUCUGGGCAGUGACACCCUGGAGUACGCGUGGCUCAUUGACAUGCAGGCCGGGGCGCUGACCGGCAGGGUCACGGUUCCUCAGCUGGCUAGCAUGGUUGAGUGGGCAGAGACGUUCGUUUUCCACGUGGUUUCCAGAGAGUUCCAGCUGGAGCAACCCAAACCCUCCAUCACCUGCCAGCACGGCGUGGACCGACGCAUCUGUGCUGACAAGUUGGUCCGCCUGCCCGGCCACUGCCGCACCUCCGAGGAGCUGAAGUACACCAUGACACGUCUGGCACUGGACGGAGUCGACCUCUUCGUCGUGGAGCACGGCUGCGCCGCCAGCGUCAAGACGGCCGCCGUCCGGGUCGCCACCUGCAACUUGCACAACCAGGCGGUGGGAGAGGGCAUCAGCGCCGUGGUGCAGGACGUCAACAUGCGGCAGUACAUCGAGCAACAGCAGCCGGGUCAGGGGCAGCCUCCCCUGCUGCGCCGCUCCGUCUGGCUUGAGGCGGGCUCGGUCAACCUCAACCUCAUCACGGCAGACAUCGCGCUGGCAGCCGACCACCCGGCCAAGUGUGACGUCCAGAGACACUUCCUGGAACUGCACGACGCGCAGACCAGAAGGCUCUGGUUUCUGUGGCCCGAUGACGCCAGCCUGCGCAGUAAGCGCAGCCGGAACCGCUGCGGCUGCCUUGGCGGCUGCAGGUUCUUCGGAGGAACCAACAUGGGUCUGGACUUCUUCAGGCUGGAGGAGCUGACGCCGUCGUCCUCCUCCGCCUUCUCCUCCUCCAGCGCCGAGUCCGACAUGAGCUACGGUCAGUCGCUGCUGCAGCCCAGCGAGUGGAUCGUCACCAAGGAGACGCCCAAAGUGGACGGUAAAGUGGUCGGGCUGAAGCGAGACACGCACUCCCCCUGCCUGCCACCAGAGGUGCCAGAGAGACGUGGCCAGCAGCACCUGAGCCUCCAGGUGCCUCAACGCUCCCAUAGCUCCGCCUCCUCAUCCGAGGAGAACAGCUCCUCGAGCGCAGCGCUGCCCCUACUGGCGGGAGAGAGAGACUCACCGUCUCCUAGUGUCGAGGAGCGCCGCUUCCCACUCAGCGCCAGAACCCACACCGACGCGCUGGGCGACGUCCCCGAGGCGUCUCCUCUGUCCCCCGGUUCCCAGGACCGCGUCGCAGUGCGCUCGCCGCUCUGCUCGCCGCUGCGCCGCCAGUCUUCUGUCCAUUCGGGUCGGCUGGGCAGCACCAAGAGCCUGUCGGCCGCCGUGUUCGCCGACAAGCCGCCGGCCGUGGCGGCCUCUGUCGGCGCCGGAGGCGUCCAAUUCAGCAGCGAGGUCUCGCGUAGCGACGAGAACGUCCUGGACUCGCCCCGACAGCGGCGCAGCUACGGCUCCUUCCCCUUCACGCCGUCGGCCGACUCCAGCACCUUCCACCAGUACCGCUCGGCCGACUCCAGCAUGUCGGUGGCCGAGAGCGAGGCCUAUUUCUCCGCCACCGAGGACUUUGAGCCCAUCAGCAGCGCCGACGAGGGACCCGGCACGUACCCGGGCCGCAAGAAGAAGAGACGGCAGCAGAUGCAGCAGCCGCAGCAGCCGCCGUACCACAUGGAGAGCUACAGUCGCAGCUCCAUCUACCACAGUGUGGAGGGGCCUCUGACCUACGUCCUGAACGGGGAGCUGAUCACGGAGCCCCGCCCGCCGCCGGCCCAGCCGCCGGCCCAGCCGCUGGCCGCCCACCCGUCCCAGGCCUCCUUUGUGUCGGCGCUGGCCAUGGAGGAGGAGAGUUCUGUGGAGGCGGAGAAGACGGCCGAGCCCGGCCCGGUGACCCGGCAGCCUCACGUCAUGGCCUGCUACCAGAACUACCUGGCCCACUACCAGGUGUCCAACUGGUCCGUCAAGCAGCCGACCAACAAGAGAACCUCCAAGUCGUCUCUGCAUCGGCCGCUGGACCUGGACACGCCCACCAGCGAGGAAAGCUCCGCCUCCUUUGACCAGCUGGCCGUGCCUGGCUUCAAGGUGAUCAAACCGGGCCUGUCGGCCACCUCCCUGCUGGACCGCGGGCUCCAGCUGAUGGGCGACAACACCAGCACGCCGUACACGCCGCUGGAUAAACGAGCCAUGGAGAACACGGACGAGGACACGACGACGGACGACUGGUCGCUGGAGCAGCCGCUGGCUCAGACCAGAACCACGGCCAUCGUGGAGGUGAAAGGCGCCGUCAACGUGGUUCUGACGCCGCUGGUGGCCGAGUCCCUGGACAGAUACAUAGAGUCCAUGGUCCACUUCGCCAGCAUCCGGCACCCGGCGGCCAUCUUGGACGACUUGCACGGUAAAGUGCUGAGCGAGGCGUAUCAGAUCAGCAAGUCGACGGUGGCCGAGUCGAGUCAGACGACCAAGCCGGAGCAGAAGCCGGAGCAGAAGCCGUCCAAGCCGGACGCCGCCACCCUGACCUCCAGCGGACAGACAGAGCUGUCCGUCAAACCCGACAACGUCAAGAUAAAGGGGCUCCAGGCCAACGUCUCCAUCCCAAAGGUGAACCUUUGCCUCCUGCAGGCCUCCGUAGAGGAAGGCUCCCCGUCCGCUAAAUGCGUCCCCCACGUGUCUCUGGUGGCGCUGUGCUUCGACCGGAUCGCCACCCAGUUCAGGAUGAACCGGGGGAUCGUUGAGGAGACGCCGAAUGCCACCGAACAUGGCCGACCAUCCGUCAUGUUGGAGAAGUACGCGUCGGCCACCAAGAUGCAGCCGCAGUCGUCCGGGUCGCUGCGCUCCAACGCCGGCAUCGAGAAGGGCAAAGAGAUCGCCGCCAGGCUGAACGUCCACCGGAUCCACAGCCAGCUGCGCGGACUGGACUCCACAGACGUGGGGACGUUCGCCAUCACCGCCAUCCCGUUCGAGAAGUCCAAGGUUCUGUUCGGCCUGGAGGACCUGGACGAGUUCUCCCUGGUGGACGAGACGGACGGCCAGACGACAGCGAGCGACCCGACUCGCACCGCCGCCUCGCUGGAGAAAUGGGGCUGGAUCAUGUUCGAAUGCGGCAUCGAGAACCUCACUGUCAAAGGCGGCCGUCAGUCCGGUGCCGUCCUCUACAACGCCUUUGGCGUCAUGGGUCACUCGGACGGGAAGACCGGGACCGGCAAGUCCAACGGCUCCACAGGAUCCCAGACCGGAAGCGGCUACAGCACGGAUGUUUCCGACGACAACCUGCCCAACGACGUCAUCAGCCCCAACUCCGACGCCAACGACAACUCUGACUCGGACGAGCAGGAUGAAGGCGUGGAGUCUGACGACCUGAAGAAAGAUCUGCCCCUGAUGCCGCCGCCGCCCGACUCCAGCAGCAUGAAGCUAACCAUCAGGGAGAUCUGGUUCAGCUUCGCUGCUCCCACCAACGUCCGCUCAGCGUCCCAGACCAUGUCCAGGCAGCUGAACCUGCUCAGCACCGCCACCCCGGCCAUCGGCGCCUGGCUCGUCCCCAUCGACCAGCUCAAGUCGUCGCUACGGAAGCUGGACAUGGAGGGAAUGCUGCGCGUCUGCGCCGUCAUGGGCUGCAUCAUGACGGAGGCUCUGGAGAAGAAGAGCAUCCACAUCCCGAUCCGCAGCAAGUACAACCGGGUGACGAAGCGCGCCCGCUACCUGCACGAGAACCCGUCCUGCAUGCUGUGCAACAUCCUGCACCGCUACCUGCAGCAGGCCGACUACGCCGUCAUCGAAGAGGCCACCAUGAACGACGGUGUUCCGGCCCUGGUGACGCUGAAGAAGGGUCUGGUGGCGCUGGCCCGGCAGUGGAUGAAGUUCAUCGUUGUGACUCAGGGCUUUAAGGCCAUCGGCCUGAUGGGUCCCAGCCAGAUCGCCAAGCCCAGAGAGGCCCAGCAGAACCAGCCCGACCCGGUCCUGGGGCUGGAUAACGGCGCCGCACUGCACAGCGACACCAGCGCCGACGGAGCGGAGUUCGAGUUUGACGCAGCCACAGUGAGUGAACACACCAUGCUGCUGGAAGGAGCCUGCAGUCGCCCCCCGCCCAAGGAGGCCAGCACCGGCCCGGUCAGCGGCGUCGAGAUCAUGAGAAAGCUGUCCAAGUCCCACACGCACAACGAGUCUGCCCACAGGAUAAAGGGUUCGCAUCCCUACCAGUCGCUGAGCUACACCAGCGGCGACACGGCGGCCGACUCGCCGGCCCACGUGGGCCGCGGCGGCGGGCCGCCGGCCAGGGACAGCCCGCGCAAGGAGAGCCUGCUGAGCAACCUGACCGGCAGCUUCCGCAGCCUGCACAACCUGCUGGAGGGAACGCCGCAGCGGAGCGACGUGGCCGCCGCCAAGAGCAGCUCCCUCACACGCACAGGGACGGAGAUGCUGACCGAACAUCCGCUGCUGUCCGAGCCGUCUCCCGUCAGCUUCUACAACUGGAUGUCCAACGCCGUGGGGAACCGGGCAGGCGCCGCGUCCCAGGACUCGCCGCUCGGCCGCUCCCAGCCAGGCAGAACCUGCACCCUACCCACCAUCCCCUCGUCGUCGGACUUCAACACGGUUCUGUCCAGCGACCAGAACUCACUGGAUGGGUCGCACUCCCAGCACAGCACCAGUCAGGACGACCUGGUGGACGUGGAGGAAGGGAACCAGUGUCCUGCCGCCGUGCAGCUGGCCGACGCUCAGGUUGUCUUCAAGCCCUUGCUGAGCUACAUUGGCAUCCAGGCGCAAGACGCCACUCCUCUCAGCUACAAGAUGUACUUUGGAGAACAUUUGUCGUUUUCGGGCAACCUGGAAUGUCUGCGAGCCGACAUCGUGGACUCUGAUACGACCAAGGAGCGGAAAAACAAAAAGUCUAGGAGGCAGGGCACCGUCAACCUUCCCCCGCUGGAGUUCAAGCCCGCCCUGCUGAUCGAGACCUUCAGCGUCAACGCCGUGGUGAUGGAGAAGUCCGCCAGCGCCCCCCAGGGGGUGCCGCUCUCCUUCCACGACCUGAACCGCCGCCACUACAACACCUUCCACUGCGACUUCACCACGGCCUGCCAGGCCAUCAGCCAGCGCGUCGACAUGGCGCUGGUUCGCCUCAUCCACCAGUUCAGCACCAUGAUCGACGACAUCAAGGCCACCCAGACCGACAUCAAGCUGAGCCGCUACACCGCCGGCUCCACCUCCCCCACCCCCACCUUCAGGGCCCGCCCCUACCGCCACAUCCUGUCCUCCGACUUCAGCCGCAGCUCCCGCGGCAGCCUGAACGGCGCGGGCCGCGGCGCCACGCAGACGCUGAAGAGCAAGAGAGGAGGGGCGGGGCUUCCCUCCAACGGGCCGCCGUCCAGCAUCGACACGCUGGGGCGGCGGGAACCCCGAGGACGCAGCUCGCUGGGGCGCUCGGAGCGCCGCACCUCCAAGGUGUCCAGAAAGGGCUCCCGGGACGUGGCGGACCACAUGCCGAUCCAGAUGGACGACUCGGACUCCAUCACGGUGUCGGAGCAGAGCGAGCCGUCGGCCGAGUGCUGGCAGAACAUGUACAAGCUGCUCAACUUCUACUCCCUGAUCUCCGACCCGACCGGCAUCCUGGAGAAGAGUUCGCCGGAGAACUGCAUCUCAGAGAGCGGGCGGUGCCCGUCGGAGUCGCUCUGUAAGGUCAUCUUUGAGAAUGAGCAGCUGGAGCCGGCGACGCCCGGCCGGCCGCCCGCAGCGGCGGGCGCACGGCGCCGCAGCCUGGUGAGCGGCGAGCCGCAGCACGUCACGCUGAUCGUGUUCGGCAUCGGCAUGGUGAACCGCACUCACCUGGAGGCCGACAUCGGGGGCCUGACCAUGGAGGCGGAGCUUAAGAAGAUCCAUGGGUCGUUCACGCUGAAGGAGAAGAUGAAGGAUAUUCUCCACCAGAAGAUGACGGAGACGUGUGCGUCGGCUCACAUCGGAGGAGUGAACAUCGUUCUGUUGGAGGGAAUCACUCCGGACAUUCAACUGGAGGACUUCCCCACGUCUCCCACCAGCACGGCUAAGCAGGAGUUUCUGACCGUCGUCAAGUGCACCAUCGCCAAGUCGCAGGCGCUGUACAGCGCCCAGCGGGGCCUGAGGACCAACAACGCCGCUGUCUUCAAGGUGGGCUCCAUCAUGAUCAACAUCCCGCAGCACCCGGCCACACUGCACAGCAUGAUGGUCCGCAGCUCCCACCAGCUCUCCAAGCAGAUCUCCGACCUCAUCCGCCAGCCCGCCAACGCCCACCCAAACCGUGAGGACACGCCGACCCCCCAGCCGCCAGACAAGGCGUCCAGCAUCAACCAGACGCCGGUGGAGGCCAACGAGUUCCCUCAGCUGCCGGAGGGCCUGGAGAAGAAGCCCAUCGUCCUCAAGUUCAGCGCCAUGAUGGACGGCAUCACCAUCGGCGCCGCCCUGCUGCCCUCGCUCAAAGCAGAGUACAAGAUGGGGGCGGUGAAGAGCCACGGCAUGACAGGUGCUCAGACCAGCUUCACCUUCGAGCUGCCGAACCACAAGCUGUGCUUCCAGUCCAAGGUGUCCCCGGUGGACAUGUCCACCAUGUCCCCGUCCGCCAGCCUGUCCCUGCCGCCCGUCACCAUGUCAGGGGAGUACAUCAUGGAGGACCACGAGAGCCACUCCGACCAGAGCUGGGCCCCCGACGACUUCCCGGCCAAGCAGGGCAACUACCUGCAGGGCAACUACCUGCGAUGCGUUGCUGAGAUCGGCUCGUUUGAACACAACCUGACAACGGACCUGCUGAACCACCUGGUGUUCCUGCAGAAGGUCUUCAUGAAGGAAGUCAACGAAGUCAUCCAGAAGGUUUCAGGAGGCGAACAGCCGAUCCCGCUGUGGAACGAACACGACUCGUCCACAGACGCGGACAAGCCCAAGAUCCUGCUCUACUCCCUCAGCCUGAUGUUCAAGGGGAUCCAGAUGACGGCCACCACGCCGUCGAUGCGGGCCGUGCGCUUCGAGACGGGCCUGAUCGAGCUGGAGCUGUCCAACCGGAUCCAGUGCAAGGCUCAGCCCGGCGGCAGCAGCAGCUACCUGAAGCUGUUUGGCAAGUGCCAGGUGGACCUGAACCUGGCACUGGGGCAGAUCGUCAAGCAUCAGGUUUACGAAGAGGCGGGCUCAGACUUCCACCAGGUGGCGUACUUCCGGACCCGGAUCGGUCUGAGGAACGCACUGCAGGAGGAGAUCAGCGGCUCGUCGGACAAGGAGGCGGUUCUGAUCACUCUGAACCGGCCCAUCGUGUUCGCUCAGCCGGUGGCGUUCGACAGAGCCGUGCUCUUCUGGCUGAACUACAAGGCGGCGUAUGACAACUGGAAUGAGCAGCGGCUGGCGCUCAACAAGGACAUCCACAUGGCCACCAAGGAGGUGGUGGACAAGCUGCCGGGCAUCCAGCAGACCUCGGCCCAGGCCUUCAGCACCCUCUUCCUGCAGCUCACCGUCAACGACCUGGGCAUCUGUCUGCCCAUCACCAACGCUUCACAGAAAGGACCAGCAGCGUCAGGGCCGGAGGUGAGCUCUGCAGCAGCGGCCCAGUCAAAGCCCGCCCACAAAGCCAACCACAGCAUCGACUUCGACACAGGCUCGGCUCUGGUCCUGACCAUCGAGAGCACGCUGAUCACCGCCUGCUCCUCCGAGUCUCUGGUGAGCAAAGGUCACUUCAAGAACUUCUGCAUCCGCUUCGCCGAAGGCUUCGAGACGUCCUGGGACGACUGGAAGCCCGAAGUCCGGGGAGACCUCGUCAUGAACGCAUGCGUCGUCCCUGAUGGAACGUAUGAAGUCUGCUCCAGGACCACCGGCCAGCCGUCUGCAGAGAGCAGCAGCGCCGGCACCUGGACGCUCAACGUUCUGUGGAAGAUGUGCGGCAUCGACGUCCACAUGGACCCGAACAUCGGCAAGCGGCUGAACGCCCUGGGCAACACGCUGACGUCGCUGACGGGGGAGGAGGACGCCGACGACAUCGCCGACCAGAACUCCGUGAACAUGGCAGACCUGUCGGACGAGGACGAAGCCGACACCAUGUCGCCCACCGUCCACAUGAGCUGCGAGGCGCCGUUCAGUCCCCGGCUGACCCUAAAGCGACGGCUGGUGAACCACAUCCUGGGUCUCAGUCCCCGGCCGCAGAGCGUCUCUGCAGACGGCUCCGACGCCGGCUCCCCGUCCGGGGCCCGGGCCCAGAGGCCCCUCUCCUGGGGCUGCGAGAACUUUGACCCCCGACGGCAGACGAUGUGCGGCGCGGCGCUGGACGCCCGCGGCAGGAAGGUCACCAAGAGGGUGGUGGACAUCCGGGAGCUGAACGAGCAGGCCAAGGUCAUCGACGACCUGAAGAAGCUGGGCGCCAGCGAGGGAACCAUCAACCAGGAGAUCCAGCGCUACCAGCAGCUGGAGUCGGUGGCCGUCCAGGACAUCAGAAGAGACGUCAGGAAGAAGCUGCGCCGCUCCAGCAUGAGGGCCGCCUCCCUGAAGGAUAAGUGGGGCCUCGGCUACAAACCCAGCUACAGCCGCUCCAAAAGCAUCUCGGCGGCGGCGGGCCGGCCGCCUCAGAAACGGAUCGAACGCCAGAGCUCUAAGGUCGGGGAUGCUGAUGAUUUCCCAGAAGUCCGUGUGGACGUGUCCGCUCCUUCGCCUCGUGUCACCUUCAACAUCCAUGAGCAGAAUAAAGUUCAGCUUCUGGACUCUGAACGUUCACCUGUCAGCCCAGCAGAGAUAUUCAAGUUUCCCGAGGAGUCCGAGUGCGACCUGUUGUCCGUCACCAUCGACGACCCAUCCCAUCCUCAUCAUCCCCUUCACCUCCAUCCUCCAUCCUCUGCCGAGGGCCAGCAGUCAGUGUUCAGUGCCCCCGCCACGCCCGCCGUCUUCUCACCCGCCGUUCCCUUCCAGCACUACGACUCCAGGCGCGACGACCUGUCCUCUUCGUCCUCCGAGGACUCGGAGAAGGAGGACGAGUUCGAGAGGCCGCAGAGCUACCGCCGGCCGCUCCAUCCAUCCCACAGGAAGCCGUCGGGCUUCUCGGCCGUCAGCCAGCUGUUCAGCGAACGCUGGCCCGGCACGCCGGCCAGCCGCAGCUUCAGCAGCCCGGCGCCGGAGAAGAACAUCGACUUCGAGCUGGACGUGCGCGUGGAGAUUGACAGCGGGAAGUGCGUCCUUCACCCCACCACUCAGCAGUCGGAGCAUGAGGACGUCGCCCUGCGCAGGAGCUGCGACCGCAUCCUGAGGAGUCUGGACCAGGAUUCUCCUCCCAAGAAGAAGAAGCUGCAGCCGUCCUACAGCUCCUCCACUCACCUCCUGGCCGGGAAGAAAGGCUCUGCCACCCUGCAGCCCAAGUCCAACGACCUGGAGACGACGGUGUUCUACAUCCCCGGCGUAGAUGUGAAGCUGCACUACAACUCCAAGACGCUGAAGACGGAUUCUCCCAGCGCCUCGCGGGGAUCCUCUCUGCCCCGCACGCUCUCCAAAGAGUCCAAGCUGUAUGGUAUGAAAGAAAGCGGCCCAAACUCCCCCAAUGCUGUCCACUGCAAGACUAAUUCGCUCCUACCUCCCCCGCCCCCACCUGUUGCUACAGCCAAAGGGAAGGGCUUUGGUGGGGGGGUGAAGACAGCCAAGCUGUACGCCUGGGUGGCGCUUCAGACUCUGCCGGAGGAAAUGGUCAUCAGUCCGUGUCUGCUGGACUUCCUGGAAAAAGCUCUGGAGACCAUUCCCAUCACGCCGGUGGACCGGAGCUACGCAGCCACGGCAACCCAGGAGGAGGACAUGGGUCAGUUCGACCCGGUGGACCCGCUGGAGGAGUCCACCACCUCGCUGGUCUCCUCCUCCGCCUCGGCCUACUCCUCGUUCCCGGUGGAUGUGGUCGUUUACGUCAGAGUCCAGCCCUCUCAGAUCCGCUUCAGCUGCCUGCCCAUGUCCAGGGUGGAGUGCAUGCUGAAGCUGCCGUCGCUGGACCUGGUGUUCUCCUCCAACCGCGGAGAACUGGAGACGCCGACAGGAACCAACCCCACAGACGGGGCGCACCCGCCGUCCUCCACCCCACCGGGGCAACACGGCCCCAAGCUGCCCCCCAGCAGAGCGUCUCCCCAGCUGGGCAGCCCGUUGGGCCGGAGCCGCCACAGCAGCAGCCAGUCGGACCUGACCGGGCCGCCCAGCAACUCGUCCGGCCUGAGCUUCACCGCCUGCAUGUCGGACUUCUCCCUCUACGUGUUCCACCCGUACGGCGCCGGGAAGCAGAAAUCGGCCGUCACAGGCCUGCCUCCAGGCCCGGGCCCGCUAGACGACGAGCCGUCGUCGGUGACGGGCCGGAAGGACUCGUUGUGCAUCAACCUGGAGUUCGUGAAGGUCAGCCUGUCGCGCAUGAGGCGCACCGGAGCGCCGACCUUCAUCGAGAGCUUCGUCUCCAAGGGAGGCAAGAUGGACACCACCCUGAUCAACAUCUCAGCCGUGUGCGACAUCGGGUCGGCUUCCUUCAAAUACGACAUGCGGCGCCUGAGUGAGAUCCUGGCGUUCCCCCGGGCCUGGUACCGCCGCAGCAUCGCCAGGCGCCUCUUCCUGGGAGACCAGACCAUCAACCUGCCACCCUCGGGUCCCGCCACCCCGGACUCGGCGGAGAGCGUCGCCCAGCACCUGUCGCCUGAAUCCAGCCGGAAGGCGUACUGGAGGACGUGGGACGGCGGCUCGGCGGCGACGAACGCAUCGCAGUCGCCCAACGUUUUCUCGGAGCACGCCAACAUGUCGCCCGGCGGCCUGGGCCACCUCAAGUCCCCGGCGCCCGGCCGCACCCGCAGCGUGUCCGACUCGUCCGCCCCCAGGACCGAGGCCGUGGCCAAAACGUCGACGCCCGCCUUCGGGAAGAACGGGAAGUCGGCCGGCCAGCAGGGGUCGCCGUGGGAGACGCUGGUGGUGUUCGCCAUCAACCUGAAGCAGCUGACCGUCCAGAUGAACAUGAGCAACGUCAUGGGCAACAACACCUGGACCACCAGCGGCCUGAAGAGCCAGGGCCGCCUGUCGGUGGGCAGCAACCGCGACCGCGAGAUCAGCAUGUCGGUGGGCCUGGGCCGCUCCAAGCUCGACUCCAAGGGCGGCGUGGUGGGUGGCAACAUCGACGUCAACACCCUGGAGAUGGUCGCCCACAUCUCGGAGCAUCCCAACCAGCAGCCCGGCCACAAGAUCCAGAUCACCAUGGGCUCCACGGAGGCGCGGGUCGACUACAUGGGCUCCAGCAUCCUGAUGGGCGUGUUCAGCAACGCCGACCUGCAGCUGCAGGAUGAGUGGAAGGUCAACCUGUGUGCGGUGGACAGCAGCCUCUCCGAGAAGAGUGAGAUCUUUGUGCACGGCGACCUGCAGUGGGACAUCUUCCAGGUCAUCAUCUCUCGCUCCACAACACCCGACCUCAUCAAGAUCGGCAUGAAGCUUCAGGAGUUUUUCACCCAGCAGUUCGACACCAGCAAGCGGGCGCUGUCCACCUGGGGCCCCGGGCCCUACCUGCCCCCCAAAACAUCCGUCAUCAGCGCCGAGAAAGGAGCAGCGGAGCUCUCAGACGUGGACGCCGCCCAUCACCGCCACUGGCCCGGCGUGCUGAAGGUCGUCGCUGGCUGCCACAUUUCGCUCUUCCAGACGCCGCUCCCCGAAGACGCCGUGCAGCUGGGCGGCUCCAUGAGUCUCCAUGGCAACCACACAACGCUGGCCUGCUUCCAUGGGCCCAACUUCCGGUCCAAGUCCUGGGCGCUGUUCCACCUGGAGGAGCCCAACAUCGCCUUCUGGACCGAGGCACAGAAGAUCUGGGAGGACGGUUCCAGAGACGACUCCACCUACAUCGUUCAGACGCUGGACUUCCAUCUUGGCCAUAACACCAUGGUAACGAAGCCGUGCGGCGCCCUGGAGAGUCCCAUGGCGACCAUCACAAAGAUCACGCGCGGUCGCCACGAGAACCCGCCGCACGGCGUCGCCACGGUGAAGGAGUGGUUCAACUAUGUCACCGCCAUGCGGAACAAAGAGCUGAACCUGCUGCGUAACGUGGACUCCAGCGGCGAGCAGAACGGCGAGGCGGCGCCGAGCUCCAGCCUGCUCAGCAGCUUCCGGGGUUCGCACGCCUACGACCACGAGACCGAGACCAUCUUCGCCCUACCCAGAAUGCAACUGGACUUCAAGUCCAUCCACGUGCAGGACGCCGACGAGCCGGCGCUGAGCGACGCCGGCGGUAAGCCGAAGGUGGAGUGCAGCAUGGUGACGGAGUUCACCGACCACAUCUGCGUCACCAUGGACGCCGAGCUCAUCAUGUUCCUGCACGACCUGGUGUCCGCCUACCUGAAGGAGAAAGAGAAAGCGCUCUUCGCCCCACGGCUGCUGGUCGCCCGGCAGGCCCAGAAGAGCGCCGCGGCGCCGCAGGACGACGACGACGCGCAGAGCGAACUCGACGACGCCGUCAACUACGCCGCCGUGGACUGGAGGGAGUUCAUGUGCAACACCUGGCACCUGGAGCCCACCCUCAGGCUGAUCUCCUGGACCGGCAGGAAGAUCGACCCGGUCGGGGUGGAUUACAUCCUGCAGAAGCUGGGCUUCCACCACGCCCGCACCACCAUCCCCAAGUGGCUGCAGCGCGGCGUCAUGGACCCGCUGGACAAGGUUCUGUCGGUUCUGAUCAAGAAGCUGGGCGCCGCCCUGCAGGACGAGAAGGACAGGAAGGGGCGGGACAAAGAGGAGCACUAACUGGGAGAUUCCAACUGAGAUCUAACUGGAACCAAACCAGUACCCAACUGGGACCCAUCCAGACUGAUUACUCUGACCACUUUUCAUCCAGAACCACGCUGCUGCUGCUAGCAUCAUCGACCUGAUGGACGGUGUAGUUCAAGUAAAACGCCUCGGCCUUUUCUUUGUUUCCCAUGGAAGACGAUCAGGCAUGCUUCAUGUAGGAUAGUGACCAUCAGCAGCUGCUGCUCAGACCUCACCGUGAUGUUUUAACUCUUUAUUUAUGGGAUGUGGGAACGCGACGUGACUGGACUUGUAGCUCGGUCCGUUUUUUAAUCUGCAGUAGAACCAGUGUACAUAGAUCCGUUUCUUAAGUGUGUUGAUUUCUUAACGUAAUAAAACCAUUUCCAUUCA